GUGGCAAAAAGUGCACAAAAACGCCCCAUUUCCCAGUUGGUGUCAGCCCCCUUGGCCCCCAGCGCGUGUCGUAAGACUGCUGACGAGCGCGUAUUUUUGACAGUUAUCGACGUAACGCCGACUGUCACUCCGUAAAAUGUAGCAAAAGUAAAAACAAACUCGUAAUUAAUUCGAAGAUUUGGUUUAAAUUCGCAUCAAGCAUGGAAUACACGGCGGAAAAUUUGGAAAAAGCCGUGACCUUAUUUUACCGCACCGAAGCGGGGCAACAGGCGGAGGCCCACCAGUGGCUGACCGAGGCCCAGAAUUCGCCCCAAGCGUGGAGCUUCGUGUGGGAGUUGUUGAGCCCCCAUCGCAAUUCCGAAGUGCAGUUCUUUGCUGCCACGACGCUCCAUACGAAGCUGAUGAAGCACUGGAAUGAGGUGCCGGAGGAUCAUUACGAGCUGUUGAAGAAGCGCAUUCUGGAGGCGAUUAUUAACUAUGCCAUGGGCCCCAAAAUUGUCCUGAACCGGCUCUGCAUUACUUUGUCGGCUUAUAUUAUACACACUGUGCCGACGCAUUGGCCCAAUGCGUUUGAAGAGCUGGUUUCGAGUUUCCAGCCCCAGCACUUGCCCAACGUUGAGCCCGAAAGAGUCAUUUGGAUACUUUUAGAAAUCCUGACUGUGAUACCAGAAGAGUUUCAAAGCACGUUAUUAGCAGUAAGCCAACGGAUGAGGGUACGCACUGUCUUGCAAGACGUUUCGAAAGACAUCCUUAAAGUGGUCGAGAUGUGUCUCAUGCCACUUCCAAGUGCCGGCUUCGAUAUGUUAAAUUUGACGACGUAUUUAAAUGCGGCAAGAUGUGCGUCUGCUUGGAUACAGUUAGGCGGUUUAAAUAUUGACGAUUGUACGUCAGUUAUGAAUCUUUUAAUAAAUUUGACGUGUUUCGCAUAUUGGAACAAGACGGAUCCUGAAUGCAUGUCUCCAGAAGAAAUGGAGUUGAUGGAAGUGACUGUGGAGGCUCUAACCACCAUAAUCCAGCACCCGCACACUAAUCGGUAUCACAACCAUGUGAUGAAAUGUAGUGCUGAUAUGUUGUACAAAUUUGAAAAAAUCCUUGAAUGUGAAAGGAAUAGUCCAGAGAGCAAUAAAGACAUUGUAGCCAACUUGUAUGGCUUAUUGGUAACAAUAGCCGACGUGCAUUCGAAAAUUUUCAUCAACAAUUUAAAAUCGGAAAACGUGGACGAGCAACGAAUCAGUUUCGAUUUUUUCAACUCGAUUUUAAAAUGUACAAAUCUACCCGGCUUGUACCCCGUUGAUGAAUCAAGCAGUACCUUAACUUUCGGUUUUUGGUACACGUUACAAGACGAUAUUUUAUCGCUAGAAACGGCCGAAUGCGCCCAAUUGUUACUAAUGAUAAAACCCUACUAUCGCGACUUAGUUUGUAUAAUGUUACGCAAAUCCAUGUUUCCAUUGAAUGAGGACGGCGAUUGGUCGCUGGACGAUAAGGAAGUGUUCCGCUGUUACCGGCAAGACAUCGCCGACACGUUCAUCUACUGCUACAAUGUUUUAAAUUUGGAAAUGCUCGAUAUUUUGAACAGUAAAUUGAUCGAAGCUCUACAUAAGAAUAAUACAUCGGUGGUUCCCCCGCCUAUUCAAUGGAACGAAGUCGAGACUUGCCUUCACGCCUUCGGCGCAAUUGCCGAAUCUAUCGAACUCGAAAAUUUAUAUUUGCCCAAGCUGAUGGUUACGAUUAAAGAAAUCCCCUUUACCGACUUGCACAAAAAAGUCAUGGCUUCGGCGCUAGAAACCGUAGGCUCGUACUCUGAUUGGAUCACCGAACAUCCAGAAAUGUUGGAAAAUGUGUUACCAUUGGUGAUUUCGGCGCUAGACAAACCCGAAGUUGCAACCAGCGCUACCAUGGCCUUGAAAGACUUGACACAUAGCUGCCAGAAGUAUUUAUUACCAUACGCCGACCAUAUUCUGCUAGCAGCACAAUCUGCGCUACAAGGGGGCGCUUUGAAGUUGGCCGAAUGUAGCCGACUUAUGUACAGUAUAGGAAAGGUUUUGAGUAUUCUACCGGUGCCACGUAUUAUGGACUAUCUCAAUAUAAUUCUAGCGCCAUCUUUUAAGGAAAUGCAAGACUUGCUGAAUGUCGAACCGUCACCCGCUGUGAAAACUUCGCUAAUUACGAGACUUAAGGUGUUAUCGUCGUUAUUUAACUCGCUGUGUGUUAAGAAGAGUCAAACGCAUAUUAUCGAACAGCCGACUGUCUUAGUUAUGCAAAAUACAAUGCCCUUGUAUAAGGUUAUAGGGGAGAAGUAUUGCACCAGUGGUGACGUCAUGGAAGAACUCAGUAUUUUAUUGAAAUACGUUGUGACAACGUUAUUGGAAGACUGCACCCCCCUUAUUAACGACAUCCUCCAGCUCGUUGUGACGGUGUAUCGAGAAUGCCCCCAGUCGAAUAUUUUAAUGGUCGCUAAAACGGUGGUGAUAAUGUUUGGUCAUGAGGAAGAAUUCCGCGCUAUAACGCAGCAACUUUUGCACGAAAUAGUCAGCACAACGCUGCAAAUGUGCGCGCAGCUGAACAGUGCCAAUCAGUUAGCCGAAAAAACGGACGUGCUUGAAGGCUUCUUCGCAAUGAUGGCUCAACUAAUCAAAAAGCUUCCUCAAGUAGUGUUUGCCAGCGGUAUAGACACCGCUGCGUUGUUUCAGUGUGCCGUUUUGUGUUUGUCUCUACCCGAGACUCAGACGUUAAAAUUGUGUACUAGUUUCUUAGUGAACUUCAUAUCGCAAAGUCGUGAUACAGCUCAAGCUAACAUUGUCCAAAAUUACGGUGAAAGUCUCGUUUUGCGUAUUCUAAUUAACUUAGGCAACACCGCGCCGAGGUCGUCCGUAGAGAUUUUCAGUGAUUUGUUACUUGCUUUAAAUAAAAAAUACUGUGAUAAUCUUAGUAGGUGGUUGAAUGCUUUGUUGGCACAGGAGGACUUUCCCUCGCCGAGGAUUUCCAGGCAACAAAAGGAGAACUUCAUCAAACUUGUUUUGCGUGAAAAGGCGAAUAAACGGAAAUUGAGCGACUCGGUUCUGGAAUUCACUCUCAUUUGUCGAGGGAUAUUACGGGAGGAUCCAAACAUGCCGUAGUUACGAAAAUAAGCCGCCAUCUCCAAAGGUAUGAGUAUACCGUCAUCGUCGUCCAUAUACCCGUAGUAGUCCGCAUCGAUAUCUUUCAUCAUCUCCGCCCUUGUUUUCCGCGGCGGAGGCGGUGGCUCUUGCUCAAACAAUUCCCGGACUCCUGCAGCGUAAAGACAAUACUCCACUUGACUAUCCACAAUCUAGCAGUUUACGAUUCAAAUAAUGUGAUGUUUUCUCGUUACCAACACAAAUAAUAGACCGUUUGCGUUUCAUGUAGAUAGUAAUAAGAAAAAAUUUCAAAAUAAAACAAAUUCAAUCA